UAACGGCGCUGUUUUCAGAAGCGCCACGGACGAUAUUUGCUGCGGCACCGGCAGCUCACAUGGCGCUGCGUGUGUUAGCGCGAGAAACUUAUGCGAUCAAGACAAAAGCCCUGUGACAAAGCUGCGCGAUGCUGUGCAUGGGAUCUGACUGACCUGUCCUUCAUGACGGAAGCCGUGUUUCAAGCCCCUAAACGGCGGGCGAAGGUUUAUGAGUCGUUUGAAGCUCCUCUCCCCAUCUCACUGAGCGCAGAGGACAAAGAGCCCAUCAUCUACAGAGCAGAGAUCAUCAGUCAUCAUGUCGUAGUCACAGAUCCUGCUCACAUACUGCCUCUGUAUGAGCGGGGUUACUUCGGUAAAGGAGUGUUCUCUAGAUCCAGACCUGAGCACGGGAUCUCUCAGCAAUGGAAAUACGUUGGAGACAGAUGUCUACCUGUGAUCUCCUCGUCAGAAUACCAGAAGCGCCUCCGCUGGGCUCGUGCGGCUCUCCUGAUGCAGGGAUUGGAGGAUGAGUCGGUCAGUCAUGCAUUAGAGACUCUCACAAAGCCAGUGGAGUUUGUUGUUGGGGAAGAACAAAGCCUUGGCUCAUUGGUCGACCAGUCAAUGGAUGAAGUGUCAUGUGAACACGGCAGUCUGGAUCGAACUGAUCCUGCGAGGCCUCAACGGCAAGGAAACCCACUGUAUGAUCCUCUGGCUGAAGUCUGUCCUGAAGAGCCCGAGCAGCUUUUAAAAGCCCAUGUGAAGUGCAGAAGACCUGAGGAGCAGCAGCCCAUGAGUUCAGAAGCUUAUCAGCACGUUCUGGUGGUGCUCUCUGAAGAUGAUGACAGUGCAAGCUCUACCACGGCUAACGUCUCCGGUGAGCAGCAGGGCAAGUUAGUGUGCAGAAUAAACCCUUUCAGCAUGAUGGAGUAUCUGCAACUCAGUUAUGAAGAAGCGUUCUUUCUGGUUUAUGCUCUGGGCUGCUUGUCAGUUUAUUACAGCGGGGAAGCUCUGUCGGUGGCUCAGGUUUGGACCAUGUUUCGUUCGCUGCAGCCCAGCUUCUCCAGCUCCUACGCGGCCUAUCACUACUUCCGCAGUAAAGGCUGGGUGCCAAAGUCUGGAAUUAAAUACGGGACUGAUUUAAUGCUCUACCGAAAAGGACCACCAUUUUAUCAUGCAAGCUACUCGGUGGUGGUAAACCGCUGUGAUGAGUCUCUGCGGCCCUUCAGCUGGAAAUCUCUCGCUGCUCUCAGCAGAACCACUGGGAACGUCUCUAAGGAGCUGAUGCUGUGCUCCGUCAUCACUCCAUCAGACAUGACCGAAGACAUGCUGUCCUCUCCAGAGUGUCUGAAACGAUUCACUCUACAGGAAGUCAUCGUGAGCAGAUGGGUCUCCUCAAGAGAGAGAACUGAACAGGAGGAGAUCUAGACCUUUAUAAGCCAACAUUCCCUUUUCCAUGUUUAUUUUGCAUCAAGAUUAAGCUGCGAUUUAUUUUUCUUUAAUAAUGUUCAGAUGGUGUUUAAACAAUGUCCAGACGCAGAGAGUGUUCAACAAUAAAUAUACAGAUCAAACAGAAGAUCAGCGGAGUC